AUGUCUGGUAAACGUGUAGCAAUUAUUGGUGCUGGAGUAGCUGGUUUGGUAUCAAUAAAAAGCUGCCUCGAAGAAGGUCUGCAACCGGUUUGUUUCGAGAGACACGAUGACAUAGGCGGCCUUUGGUACUACACAGAACAGCUACGCAAAGGUCAAGGAGCUGCCACAUAUGACUCGGUAGUGACCAAUCAUAGCAAGGAGAUGUCGUGCUUCUCCGAUUUUCCAUUUCCGAAGGCGUGGCCACCUUUCCUGUCACGUCUGAGAGUACACGAGUACUUGCACAGUUACGCUGAUCACUUUGCUCUGAAAAAAUACAUCACAUUUAACGCUAAUGUGAUAAGAAUAGAAACGGCUAUCGAUGGUGGUUGGACGGUGAUCAUUUCAAAUGGCAUUGGUGGAAAGACUGAAGAAAUAUUUGAUUAUGUGAUGGUUUGCACAGGUGUGUUCAGUGAAACACACUUCCCGUCAUACCCUGGAUUUGAGAACUUUGAUGGAAUUAAGAUUCAUUCCAAUGAGUAUCGCGAUUCAGGUAAAUUCAAAGACAAAAGAGUUGUAGUUGUUGGAGCUGCCAAUACCGCUGGUGAAGUUGCGUGUGAACUAGCUAGAAAUGGAUCUAUACAGGUGUUUUUAAGUAUGCGAAAUGGUACCUUGGUAUUUCCACGCAUUGGAGUGCAGUGCAUACCAUGGGAUCUCUUGUCUUCAAGAUCUGUAGUGGACAGAGGUAGGAUUCUUGACAAAAUUUCAAAAUGGCGUAUCCAAGACCACACAAAAAUAGGUUUACAGUGCUCGGAACCCGCAACAGCGUCAAUUAUGGCAAAUGAUGACAUACAAGACCGCAUCGUACAAGGAAAGCUGGAACCUGUGGUCGGAAUUGAAAAAUUGGGGAAAAACAGUGUAACUCUUGUAGAUGGGAGAAUUCUAGAUGAUAUAGGUGCCGUCGUCUUCGCCACUGGUUAUAAAAUAGCUUUUCCAUUUCUCAAGGACACUUGGGUGUUUGGUAAAUGUCUCUAUUUCUAUGUCAUGAUCAUAGAUUAUAGUUAUACAUCUGCCAUUGUCACCAGAUAUUCUGUAUCUGAUUAG